AUGUCCAAGUUCUGGGCCCCCGCUCCGGCUCCCCCCACCCGCCUGGGCAACUACCGUCAGCUCUCCCCGCUCGCCGGCAUCCACGUCUCGCCGCUCUGUCUGGGCGCGAUGAGCAUCGGUGACAAGUGGGAAAAGUUCGCGUUCGGGGCGAUGGACAAGGCGUCGAGCUUCAAGCUGCUCGACGCGUUCUACGACAGGGGCGGCAACUUCAUCGACACCGCGAACGCGUACCAAGACGAGUCUUCGGAGGAGUUCAUCGGGGAGUGGAUGGAGCAGCGUGGCAUCCGCGACCAGAUGGUCAUUGCGACGAAGUACACGACCAACUACAAACGCGGGGACGAUACCAUCCCACAGAAAGCCAACUAUAUUGGCAACAACAUCAAGUCCAUGGCGCUCUCCCUCGAGGCGUCCCUCAAGAAGCUCCGGACUAACUACGUCGACAUCCUCUACCUCCACUGGUGGGACUGGACCACCUCGGUCGAGGAGGUCAUGAACGGACUCCACAACCUUGUCGUGUCUGGGAAGGUCCUCUACCUUGGAAUAUCUGACACCCCGGCGUGGAUCGUCGCGAAGGCGAACCAGUACGCACGCCUUACAGGCAAGACCCCUUUCGUCAUCUACCAAGGCGCGUGGAGCAUCCUCCAGCGUGACUUCGAGCGCGAUAUCAUCCCCAUGGCGCUCUCGGAGGGCCUCGCGCUCGCCCCAUGGAACGUCCUCCAGGCAGGGCGCAUCCGGUCGGACGAGGAAGAGGAGAAGCGACGCGAGACCGGCGAGAAAGGACGCAUGUCCAGCCGCCCCGACUGGGAGCGUACCGCGGACGAACGCAAGGUCUGCCUGGCGCUCGAGGAGGUCGCGAAGCAGGUCGGGGUCAAGUCGGUGCAGGCGGUUGCGAUCGCGUACGUGAUGCAAAAGGUGCCGUACGUGUUCCCGAUCAUCGGCGGACGCAAGGUCGAGCACCUCGACGCCAACCUGGAGGCGCUCGACGUCGCGCUCAGCGAGGAGCAGAUCAAGUACCUCGAGGGCGUCCUGCCGUUCGACAAGGGCUUCCCGCACAACUUUGUGGGUGACGGCGAGUCGUACAUCGUGCUCAUGAAGAACGCGGCUCAGUUCGAGAAGUGGCCGCGCCAACAGGCCAUCCGUCCAAGCAAGAACUGA